AUGCCAUCACCAAAACCCCAGCGCAAACCGGGCCCCACAACCCCCGGACCCGACUCCGCGGAUAAAAAACUCGACGAGCUCCUGAUAUCCUCCGCGAUCUGCAACAACGAGGACUUAGCUCCGUUCGUCCGCAAAACCUUCGGCACAGGCAAACCGGAGACUCUCCUCCACCACCUCAAGCUAUUCGCUCGAUCCAAAGAAUCAGAGAUCGAAGAAGUCUGCAAAGCUCACUACCAAGACUUCAUCCACGCCGUCGACGAUCUCAAAUCCCUCCUCUCAGACGUCGAGUCUCUAAAAUCCGCUCUCUCGGAUUCAAACUCCAAGCUCCAAUCCGUCGCCGUUCCGCUUCUAACUUCCCUCGAUUCGCUCGUCGAGGCGGGGACCGUUUCCAAGAACGUCGAUCUGGCGGUUGGAGCGGUUACGCAUUGCCUCCGCGUGAUGGAGAUCGUCGCGCGGACGAAUCGGCAUCUCCAGGGAGGGAGUUUCUACAUGGCGUUGAAGUGUGUGGAUUUGAUUGAGAGUGAGUUCUUGGAGGAGAUUCCUUCGUCGGCUUUGAGACGGAUGGUUGAGAAGAGGAUCCCUGAGAUUAGGGGGUACGUUAAGAGGAGAGUGAGCAAGGAGCUUGGUGAUUGGUUAGUUGAGAUUCGUGUUGUGUGUAGAAACUUAGGUCAGUUAGCUAUUGGUGAAGCUUCUGCUGCUAGGCAGCGUGAGGAGGAGCUUAGGAUUAAGCAGAGGGAAGCUGAGGAGCAGAGUAGAGUUAGUUUACGUGACUGCGUCUACGCGUUGAACGAAGAAGAAGGAGAAGAUGUUGAUGGCGAAGGUAGUGAUGAUGGAUUUGAUUUAACUCCGCUUUACAGAGCUUACCACAUUCAUCAGACAUUGUCUCUAGAAGAUGGGUUCAAGCAGUAUUAUUUUGAUAACAGAGAGCUUCAGCUUAAGUCUGACUCACAGGUCUCUUCAAUGACUCCGUUCUUGGAGUCCCACCAGACUUUUUUCGCGCAGAUUGCGGGGUUUUUCAUAGUGGAGGAUCGGGUUUUGAGGACUGGGGGAGGGUUGAUUUCGAAGAGGGAGGUUGAGUUUUUGUGGGAUCUUGCUGUUACUAACAUGUGUGCUGUGUUGGAGGAUCAGUUCUCUAGGAUGCAGACGGCUAAUCAUUUGUUGUUGAUUAAGGAUUAUGUUAGCUUGUUAGGUGUGAGUUUACGUAGGUAUGGGUACACUGUUGACGCGCUUCUUGAAGUGUUGAGUAAGCAUAGGGACAAGUAUCAUGAGUUGUUGUUGUCUGAUUGUCGGAAACAGAUGGCGGAAGCUUUGUCUACUGAUAAGUUUGAGCAGAUGUUGAUGAAGAGAGAGUAUGAGUAUUCCAUGAAUGUGCUCUCUUUUCAGUUACAGACGUCAGAUAUUGUACCGGCGUUCCCUUACAUUGCUCCGUUUUCGACUACUGUUCCGGAUUGUUGUCGGAUUGUUCGGUCUUUUAUCGAGGAUUCGGUUAGUUUCAUGUCUCACGGAGGUCAGCUCGAUUUCUACGAUGUGGUGAAGAAGUAUCUGGAUAGACUUCUUGGUGAAGUUCUCGACGAGGCUCUGUUGAAGCUGAUUAGCACAUCGGUUCAUGUUGUUUCUCAGGCGAUGCAGGUUGCUGCAAACAUGGCUGUGUUUGAACGUGCUUGCGAUUUCUUCUUCCGUCACGCCGCACAGCUCUCAGGAGUUCCUUUGAGGAUGGCGGAGAGAGGGAGGAGACAUUUCCCAUUAACCAAAUCCCAAAACGCUGCGGAAGAGACACUCUCGGGUUUGCUUAAGAAGAAGAUAGAUGGGUUCAUGAUAUUGAUCGAGAAUGUGAACUGGAUAAGCGAAGAUGUUCCACAAAGUGGGAACGAGUACAUGAACGAAGUGAUAAUCUACUUGGAGACUUUGGUCUCCACAGCGCAACAGAUAUUACCUGCUAAAGUCCUGAAAAGGGUUUUGCACGAUGUACUCGCUCACAUCUCUGAGAGAAUCGUUGGAACGUUGUGUGGGGAUCUAGUGAAGAGACUCAGCAUGGCUGCGAUCAAAGGACUUGACGUGGAUAUUCAGUUGCUUGACUCUUUUACUGAACAGUUAACUUCAUUGCUGAGUGAUAAAGAAGCUAUAGAGAUGAAAACAGCUUUUGUGGAGAUAAGACAGAUGAUUAACUUGCUUCUGAGUAGUCACCCUGAGAAAUUUGUUAACCCUGUGAUCAGAGAAAGAAGCUACCACGCUUUGGAUGAUAGGAAAGUUGUAACGGUCUCUGAGAAGUUCAGAGAUCCAUCAGAUAGUAUUUUUGGGACUUUUGGAGCAAGAGGGUCGAGGCAAAACCCUAAGAACAAAUCGUUUGACACCUUGAUUAAGAGGUUGAAAGCUGUGAGCUAA